UUGACAAACAUGAGCAUGGGGAGUCCAGGCUGUGAACACACUGCAUACUCACCUCUGUACAUCAGCCACCCGCACUCUGACGCCCGGAUGGCCUGGCUGGACGAGGCGGACGACAUCAAACCCCCCCGCAGCUUGUUGGGGCUUCCUGAGCUCAGUUGGACGGGGGUCUACCUCCCCCGCAACAACAUAUUAGCUAUGGAGGAGAACCCCUGGGUGCUGAGGAUGACAGAGUCUCCUGCCGCUCCCCCAUCCAGGACACUCGAGGUGAGCCAAGCCAAGCCAGGCCAGACUCAGACCCCCCCGUAUGAAAUGGAGGGUCAGGUGGAGGAGCACUGUCUGGAGCAGGUGCAGACCAUGGUGGAGUCAGAGGUGCUGAAGGAUGUCGACACGGCUUGCAAACUGCUCAAUAUUGCACCAGACCCGCUGGAAUGGAGCUGUGUGCACGUUCAGAAGUGGCUGCUCUGGACCGAGCACCUGUACAGGCUGCCGCAGGUCAGCACCUUGUUUCAGGAGAUGAACGGGAGGGAUCUGUGCUCCAUGACAGAAGCAGACUUCAGACAACGCACUUUGCAGUUUGGAGACAUGUUGUAUGCUAAUCUGGACAUCUGGAGAUCUGCUGCAGCAAUGAAGGAGCGCUGCCCACCUGAAGACAGAAAAUCUGCAGCUGAUGAUGACUGCUGGUCAGAUUUGAUAAGGAACUACCCCAGCCAGCCCAUACACCUGUGGCAGUUCCUCCGAGAGCUGCUCCUAAAGCCUCACGACGACAGCCGCUGCAUCCGCUGGCUUAACAAGGAAAAAGGGAUUUUCAAAAUAGAGGACUCAGCUCUUGUGGCCAGGCUUUGGGGCAUCAGGAAGAACCGCCCAGCUAUGAACUAUGACAAACUUAGUCGCUCCAUACGCCAGUACUACAAGAAGGGCAUCAUCCGAAAGCCUGAUGUUUCACGCAGACUGGUCUACCAGUUCGUCAAACCCGUUUGAUAAACCAAAGAUUUGCUGGACAUACAGUAGAAGUAACAUAAACCUUGAAGCUGGUUCAUUCAUUGUACAACAUGUUUCAUUUCAACUGUAAAGACUGCCUACUGAACUAUGCACUCCUGCCUACAGAGCUCUCAAGUUAGACACACGCAUUUCACUCCAUUCACACGCUCACACGCCACACUUUGUAUUUCACACGC